UGAUGGCAACGAUGAUGCGGUGGUGAUGAUAAUGCGACCACGAUGAUGAAAAAGAAGCUUUCUUAACCUCGUAAAAAAUGUGUAAUAUAAAGGGCAUUUUGGUCAAAUAAAAGCAAGUAAGCGUGCCAGAUUCUUGCUCAGGAGAGAGACAGACCUCAGUGCAAGAGAACGGAGCUCUGCGUGUCUCCACAGAGGUGAGAAAGAAUCUGAAAAGGAAGCAUCAAGAAAGUAAAAUUCAGUUGCAGAUCCCUUCGAGGUCUAGCGUCGAGCUUUGUAUUCCAAAUUAUCAGAAUGCAUGGAUACCCAAGGAUUUGAAACAAUUUCAGGAAGGAUAAAAGGAGGAAGCAAAACCUAAUGGUUUGAUAACGGUUACAACUCAAAAACCCUAAAAUUGUUCGAUAAUUGCCAUGAAUUCAGCGCGUCAGGACUUGUUUGUUGCAUACAUUAAGUUCCCAUAUAUUGAAACCGUCUGGGUCACAGAAUGAUUGAUGCCCGCGAACGGCAUGCAGAUGUCUGCCAUGGCUCCGUCUCCAUUAACGGCGCCUACAUCGAACAAUCCGCCCUCUUCUUCUUCUCUGAGGUCUCCUCCCACACCUCUGCAAUCCCAGCUUCCUUCAACUCUUUCUCUGGGCUUGCUGUCUCUCCCGCCGUCGUCGACGAUGGCAUCUUCCCAUCGUCCUGAUCAACACGUCAUUGGUCCAGAGCCAAUUGCUACCGCACAUCCCGCCGGCGAUCCUGCUAUUGGAGUGGCGCCGCUCGCAAGGGUUCGACUUGCAGACAUCUUACCUUAUGACGGGGCACCGGCCGGUUCCUAUGUUAGGUCCGUGGAGGCACUGUCAGGGUCACUUACGAGGCACAACGCGGUAGUGAUCGAGCUGGGAAGCGAGGAAACCACAUUGAUGCGAUGUGCAUUAGAGUCUGCAAGACUGUAUUUCAGAACUAGAGUUCAAAGUGGCAACACUGGUGGGAGCUGGGGAAAGGGGAGCCGAGGGAUCUACAUGUACAGGGCUGGAAGGGCUUUGGAAGAUGGGGACUCAUCACCCCCAUGCAUGGCUGAUGUUUUCAAAUGUUUGGGAAAGGCUGCCCGAGCUGCUCUCUCUGCAAUAGCAAAGCAUCUUCGCCUGCGUAGCGAUGUUUUUAACCAUUUACUUGAUGAUACUCCAUUGCCUGCCAAUGAGGCAUCCUCAUCCGUUCUAGUUGCAGCCUAUUCUCAUCCAUCCUUACAGAAUGGCAAGGGGGUCAUUGGGGGAGGGAAGCCCACAAUGAACUGUGAAGUGGAGAAGGGCUUAUUAACAUUGAUUGCCUCAGAUAGUCCUGGUCUUCAGGUUUGUGAUCCCAAUAGUCGUUGGUACCUAGCAGAUGGUGGGUCAGGUCCUGGGGAUCUUUUGCUACUUAUUGGCAAAGCGCUUAGCCAUGCUACAGCUGGUCUUCGCCCGGCUGCUUCAUAUAGGGCUGUUCCUGAGUACUCUUCUAGCACCGUUAACAGUGGAAGGACAUCACUGGCAUUUAGGCUCAUGCCACAGGGUAAUGCCAUAUUAGAUUGUUCUCCUAUUGCAGCAGCUGGUCAUGUAAUUCCCCAGAGCUAUGUACCAAUCUCUGUUAGCCAAUUCAUGGAUGACCUUUCUGCUGAGGAUGACAUAGUGUGCAAUCGUCCUGAUAAUGCUUAUGAUGCUCGAAAUAAUUUGAACAAGGAACCAUCAUUGAGAAGCGUCCUUUCUGAUCCAUUAUCUGGUGCUUUUCUUGAAGAUGCUGUUGUCGUUUCUUGUGGACAUUCAUUUGGAGGUUUGAUGUUGAGAAAGGUUCUUGAAACGUCCAGAUGUAGCCUCUGCAGUGCCGAAAUUGAAAGUGGAUCUUUGAUCCCUAAUCAUGCCUUGAGAGCUGCAGCUGCAGCCGUGAAGCACGAGGAUGAUCGGAGACUCUUCCAUAAUGCAACUCUUCGAAAGCGCCGGAGAGAAGUAGGUGAACAAAUGGAUUCAAUAAGGAGACUAAACAGGGAAAAUGGGGAGAUGACUACAGAUGGUGACAGCCCUAGACUACAAAGAGGGGUACAAUAUCCAUUCUCUGUGAAUGAGAAAGUGGUAAUUAAGGGAAACAGGAGGACUCCAGAUAAAUUUGUUGGAAAAGAAGCUGUGAUUACAUCUCAGUGCCUCAAUGGCUGGUACCUUCUAAAGAUCCUUGGAAGUGGAGAGAGUGUCCGCCUGCAAUACCGCUCUCUGCAGAAGAUCUCAAGCCCUCAGUCCACUGAGGAUGGGCAUCCAUCUCAGGCAAUCAUUCAGAGCACAAGCUGAAGGGAACAUGUUAACUCCGCUUCAUCUGAGGGUGCCGCCUGGAUCCUCAGGCCAAGUCAUAUUGUUGUUAAGCUCUUGUAAAGGGAAGAAAAAAAAAAGGAAUUGAAAAUGCUGGGUGGGUUUCAUGAAUGUUGUUACAGGAGAAACCCCAAAACUCAUAAUUUGUAAAGAAAGACGAUUGAUGUUAAUACACCAAAACUCUUUCACUCCUUGCAUGAA